AUGGUAAUUGGAGGAACUGAUUAUAACAUUACAAGAAGAAAUCUCAAGUCAUUGGAGAGGAAACACAUAAGGACAGAGAGACUGGAAAAAAAGAAGGAAGUAGAAGUCAACAGAAUAAUCCCCACUUUCAACAACCUUGACAGUUCACUCUCGUCCAAUACGGAGGAAGAUGAAGGUCAAAACCAGAUAUCCGAUAUGAAUGAGAAGAGUGAUGAAGAUUUCACCAGCCACUCCAAACAGACCAAAUCUAACUCACCUCUUGCAGCCAAAUCUUUUAAGUCAUACACCAGAGGGUUAGUUUUAGAAAAUUUAGCGGAGGCAUGUGACAGGAGUGGUGUGUCUGAUAGAUCAGCAUCUCUAAUCGUGAAUGCUGUUUUAAAAGAUUUUGGUUUGGUCACUGAAGAAGAUCAAUCGAAUAUCAUUGAUCGAAGCAAAAUAAGACGAGAAAGAAAGAGAUGUCGAACAGGACUUGAUUUGAAGAAAAACAACCAAAUUCUUGUGUUUCCUGGAAUCUAUUUCGAUGGCAGGAAAGAUAAAACAGUUACUAGUGAAAAAAGAGGAUCACGUUAUUACACAAAGAAGGUGACUGAAGAGCAUAUCGUGAUUAUUGCUGAACCAGGUUCUAAAUAUUUGGGACACGUGUCCCCAAUAUCUGGUAACGCAAAUAGCAUCAAGACCAGUAUUGUAAGCUUUUUGAAGAACUUACUGGGAGCCAAUUUCAACAAGAUUAUUGCUGUGGGAUGCGAUGGUACAGUUGUUAACACUGGCUCUAAAAAUGGUGUCAUCAAACAGAUCGAAAUAUCUGUCGGAAAAUCCGUUCAAUGGUUCAUAUGCUUGCUUCAUGCCAAUGAAUUACCGCUCCGGCAUUUAAUGCAAGAAUUAGACGGAAAAACGAAUGAUCCAAGAGGCUUCACAGGACUGAUAGGAAAGCUUCUUGUAAAAUGUGAGCAAAUGCCUAUCGUCAAGUUUGAAAUCAUAGAAGUGGAAUUGUGUCCAAUAGACUCAAAAGAAUUGAGUACAGACCAGAAAUAUCUGUACGAAAUGUGCUUGGCAAUCAAUAGUGGCAAUGUAUCCCCUCAAUUGGCAGAAAAACAACCUGGUAACAUGUCGCACUCUAGAUGGUUAACUACAGCUAACAGGAUUCUCCGGCUUUAUGUUGCAACUGAGAAUGUCUCGGAUUCAUUGAAAAUAUUGGCUGAAUUCGUUGUUAAGGUGUACGCCACUUGCUGGUUCUCAAUAAAAUAUCAGUCGUCUUGCAAAUACGGUUCUCAACAUUUAUUCCUUAUGAUUAAAUCAUCUCGGUAUCUACCACACAGACUCAAGAAGAUAGUCGAUCCAGUCAUUCAACGAAAUAGUUAUUUUGCUCAUUCAGAAAACAUUUUACUUGCAAUGUUGGCAGAUAGUCGCAAGUAUAUUCGUGAACUUGCUCUUCGUCGUAUACUCAAAUGCCGAACUUCACACCCCAUAGAGAAUGGAAUUCGUGAAUUCAAAGUACCAAGAAUAAAUUUUGAAGCCGAAGAAUAUUGGGAUAUGAUUGAUUGGCAGCAAGGUGAUAUAACUGAGCCUCCACUAACGAAGGAUAUUACUGAAGCAGCACUCCGCGAGAUGAUAUCAGAAGUACCAGACACUAUUGAUAUUUUGAAGUUUCCUUGUCACACUCAAGCCGUUGAACGACACAUAAAGAUGGUAACAGAGGCAUCUUCAUUGGUUUGCGGAUCUAGUUCUAGGGAUGGAUUGAUAAGAGCCAGAAUUUCUUCAAGAGAGAAGCUUCCCCGAAUUGAGACCAAAAAACAUUUUUAUCAGUGA